CCCUCUUCUCAGAACGCAUGCGCCUCCAUAAGCUGGAGGGCAGCGAUUGGAGGGCUGGCGACACCGGGGCGGGCGCGCCUUGUCUGUUUUUAGGCGGGAAUUGAAACCACCGCUGGUGUAGACUAGACUUUGAGAGGCACAGAAUCAGAGAAGAGAACCAUGGUACGACCUGUGAGAAAUAAGAAACCAGUCAAUUACUCACAGUUUGAGGAUUCUGAUAGUGAUGAUGAUUUUAUUUCUGCAACUAUACCUUUAAGCAAGAAAUCUAGAACAACAACAAAAGAGUUAAAACAAGACAAACCAAAACGUACCUUGAAGACUGUCCAGAAAGAAGACACGCUACUACAAGAGAAAACUCCUAAAAAAAGGGAGGCCUUAGAUGACAAGAUCUUCCAGAGGGGCUUAGAAGCUGCUCUAGCUUUAUCAGUGAAGGAAACUCCCACAGCCACCAAUGGCGUGCAGAAGUCUCAAGAUAAAAGCAUUGCAAAACAUGACAGAGGUAAACCAGAAACAAUGAAUAAGUCUCUGCAUAUAUCAAAUUGCAGUGUAGCUGGUAAUUGUUUAGAUUUGAACCAGAUUACAGAGGAAGGCGAUGCCCGUGAUGUUCGAGGGGAAAGAAAAACACCUAGAGCUACAGCACAGCAGAGAAAGAUGCUUUCGAAAGGCAGUGAUGGGAACAGCACCAGUGACACUGAGCCAGACUAUGGUGAAGAUUCGGAAAAUGACUCUGAUUUUGAUGAGAGUGAAGAUAGCGAGGAAGACUUCACUAUGACAAAAAGUAAAGUAAAAGAAAAUAAAAAGAAAGAAGUGAAGGUAAAAUCCCCAGUAAAAAAGAAAGAGAAGAAAUCUAAAUCCAAAUGUAAUGCUUUGGUGACUGUAGUAGACUCCUCUCCAGCUACAAUCAAAUCAGAAUCUCAGUCCUCAGCAAAGAAAGUUUCUUCUUCAGAGGCCACUGGGAAGCCAUUGCAGAUAUGUAGUCCUUCAGCUGAAAGCAGGCGACCAAAGUGGGUCCCACCAGCGGCAUCCGGAAGUAGCAGGAACGACAGCAGCCCACUGGCAGGUGUGACUGUCAAGUCCCCAAGUCAGAGUCUCCGCCUUGGCUUAUCCAGAUUAGCACGAGUUAAACCUCUCCAUCCAAGUGCCGCUAGUAGCCAAGUGUGGUAACAAAGAAAUGUUGGUCAAGAGAAUCAGUUUUGCAAGUGUGUUUAUAGUUGACUUGUAUUUAUAAUUUUGAAGGGAGUGGUAAUAUAGAGGAGUUCUAUAACAUGUCAUAGAAAUGAUCUUUAAGCUAAUGAUCCUCUGAAAAGCUCUUCAGGACUUCGGGAGAGGUUUAUUUACAAAUUAUGUUCUCACACCAUUCCUUCUGAAGAGUAUACUCUGCUUUCUUAUGUAUCAUAAGUCACUGUCAUUAGUCAGUGGCAGUUUUACGUAGAGGAAGUCCAUAUUGUCUGUUGGUGUGAUGUUCCUCCCUAGUCCUGUCUAGUUAUGACCAUCAUUUCUUUUAGGAGACAUUUCUAAAAUCUGUAAGCUACAUUGUCAGUUUUAUUGCAUGAAAGUUUUAUAUUUUGUCCAAAUCCUAUAGUAAAAAUUAGAACUGUUGUACAUAUUAAAAUGGUUACUGUAUUAUAGAAUGUAUCUCUUAUUUGGAAACAGAAGGUUAUUGUAUAGCAGAUAAAAUUUAAUGACAUUUUAUAAAUUCUUCACUGUCAAAAAUCUUAAAUAAAAGAAAUUUUCAGAAUCCUCUUUUCCUGUUUCUAGUUGUCUACAGUUUAUGAUAAAAUAAAAACAGUACAAAGAAUGUUAAUCUUUUUUGUUGUAGACACAGCCAAAGGGAAACUUUUUUUUUUUAAAGUAAUCAUUUUAUAUUAAUACUUUAAAUACUGGCUUUGAAAUAUAUAGUUGCUCUGUUAAAUAAUAGGUUUUUAGGAAACUUCAAUUUCAGUUAUGAAUAAAAAUAGUAAUGAAUAUAUUUAUGGUGAGAAUUUGAAACUGCUCCUGGUUACUUUUUAGUUUAAAAAAAAAUCAGUUGUUAACCUUAAAAAGUGUAUAAUACACAACUCUUGCUUUGUGGAAACAUCUGUGUUAACAUGAAAUUAGUAAUUUUGAGUUAUGAUUAAAUAAGCACUUAACUAUUACUAUUGUGUACUUUUUUUUAACCUGAUAGACAUUUUUAUGUUAUCAUCUAUCACCUUACCUACUCUACCCAGCCCUGUUUUUAAAACACACUUUACAGUUACAUAGCAUUGGAUUUGUCUAUAUGGUAUAAUUCAACAGUGAACACUAGGAACCCACUCUAGCAGCUUCUGGUAUCAUUGACUACUUAUUUGGCACCAGCUUAAUAAAGUUGCUUUUGCCUUAUGCA